CGACAGGCGGCGACUUGACAAGAACAACCGCCAUGAAGUUUCCUUGGCUCGAGCUCGCCAAGCUGGCACGACCCCGGUCCCUCUCCGCGCCCGCCGAGCCUCAAUGCGACGAGGUCAGCAAUGAUGCGCUAGGCUCAUGGCUGCGUCAACCAAAGAGCCGAGAUACUACCACCCAAGAGAAUGAACUAGAUGAUGUGCAGGCCGAGCUGCUCAUUGAAGCCGCCAAGGUCGGCAACGUCGACGAAGUCCGGCGACUCUGUGAGGUCGUGGGGGUUGACGUCGAUAUGCGCGGGUAUAUGGGCUGGACCGCCGCGCACUGGGCGGCGCGCCAGGGCCACGUUCACGUCCUCGAAGUGCUGCAUCGCCUCGGAGCCAACUUGGACUCGCUCGACUGCCGCGGCGAUUGCCUCUUGCACAAAGCAGCGGCCAACGGUCAGCUGCAAACAUGCAAAUGGCUCCUCCAGCACACAUUCAAUGUUCACGCAACCAACAAGCAUGGCAUGACCCCGCUCGACUUGGCGCGCGAGAAGGUUCGUCAUGACAAAGAUGCUACAACGGUAGCAUGCGAAGCCCUUUUGGCCGACGCCGCCGAGUGCACGUUUUAACAAAUAGGCAACAUUUUCACAUCAUACAUACACGAUAACUCUAUCGGAGAUGCUUCUAUACCCUUGCAUGUAUGUAGACCGGACGUUUUGAGAACGCCAACACGAUGCAAACGUGCUAUUAAGACUUGUUUAGUGUCUGCUGAGCAAAUCUCUACUAGU